CGCAGAGGUUGUUGGGGAAGGACUAAGAGGCUGUGGCGUCUAAAUGAAGGCAGAGUCUUGCACACUCAGUCAUUUUCUGCAUUAAUAUUAAUUGUGGUCAUUGUCGCCCCUCCCUUUUGGAAGUUUUGGCCAUUUUUGUUGAUGAAGUCGAGAACAGGGGGCGUGGUGGGACCCAAACUGAGUCGGUUAUUGGUGAGCAAUGCUGCUUCAUAACACUGUCAAAGAUACUUCCUGUUGAUUUAUUUAAGAUAUAAAGGGUGUUAGAUGGGAUGGUAAUGGGGGUACACAGCUUUUGGACAGGACAAAUUUUCAAAUGUUUUGAUGGCUAGCUCUUGUUAAAUUUGCAAUCAUCUUACUGAUUCAAAGUAUGUAACUUGUUAUUAAUGUUAAUGAGAUGUUGUUAUUAUAAAUUGUAUGAUUCCACCCUUGUCCAAAUAGAGAUUGCAUUUAUUUAUGUUUCUUAUUGCAGCGUCUGAAUUAGAAUGUUGUCAGUUCAAGUCCUACCUCAGAAAUUUGGAGCAUACCAGCCAGGCUGAUACUUCCAGCGUAAUACGAGUACAGAGGGUGUGCAACACUGUCAGAAGUCCUGCCUUUUGGAUGAGAAUAUUAAACUGGGCCAGUGGGUUGAGGAAUGGCAGUAAUGAAUCGGAAGAGAAAUUUGAUACCAGAUGUUUUCCGGCAGGUUAAGAAGCAAAAAUUUGGAUUAACAGAAGAAUUUAAAUUAUUAGAUAAGAAUGGAGCCAAAGAAUUUGAAGGAAUGCCAAACGAUACUAAGUCUGCGCUGAUUUUUUUAGCGUCCUUGUUUCCUCGUAAGUUAUUUGAUGAUUCUCUUCCACCUAUUGUUCUAAAACACCAACUUUACAGCAUUGUUAAAGACAAAACUACAGUUGAUCGUCAGCUGAAUGAGCUGAAGGAUCUGGGACAUGUUCGUAUUUUCCAAUUUGGAUUUGACACAGAUGUGUUCGGCAUUGUGUUCACUGAAGAUUACAGAAGUAAGGUUUUGGCUGCAACAGCAAUGAAAGAGACUGCUUCGACAGUGCAAAGGUUUCUGGACACUGUGUUGAACUCGUGUACGGAUAUUGGUUUCAACAAAGAUAAAAUGCUGAAGGAGUUUUCAUUUCAUGACCAAGAAAUAACGCAACUAGUGAAUGCAGGACUUCUUACAGUACGAGAUGUUGGAAGUUGGUGGCUUGCUAUUCCAGGUGCUGGCCGAUUUGUGAAAUAUUUUGUAAAUGGUCGCAAAGCUGUUCUUCGCAUGAUACGGAAAUCUAAAUACAAUGAGGUUUUGCAGUCUGACUUAGAAGCACGUAAAGUGACGUCCACAGUGAAGUUAGGGAUCCAGUAUCAUGUCCAUGACAUCGUUGGAGCAGAGUUGGUGAAAUGCAUUCCGACAACUACUGGAACUUUGCUGCGCUUGAAUGAAUCCUGAUCCACAGACCCUACUGCAAAUCAACCUAUGGACCAAGUUUGAUCUGAAUAUUAUUACUGCGAGAGGAUGCUGGGAAAAAGGAGCAAUUUGAAAAGAAGCAGGGGAAAAAGGAUAUAGACAUUUUUAAAAAAACAUCCAAUAUUUUGCUGAAAAAUCUGAUACUAUGAGACUAAAUAUUUUGACUAUAUAUUUGCCAAACCUGUGAUACAAGACUAACAUUAACUUCAAUAUUUAAAAAUAUAUAUUGAUUAUAUUCAGUUAAAUUUUACUUAGUUCAAGUUUAACUUUGGGAAAUGGAAUGAAUUUCCCAAUGUAUGAUGAGCAUGUUGGAUCAACAUAUGGGAAGCUCAGAUUACAGUGCAACAAAAUGUAUGAGUUGUACAUUCAAUAGAUUCUUGGGUUAACUGAGACUUUAACCUGGAUCAUUUCAAAUGCUAAAAUGGAGCAUUAAAUCCAUUAUUUAACACUUGAAUUACUUGAAGCAAGACUACAAGUCAUCAAGCCAUUUUUGUCAAAAGGAAGUAGAGACCCAAUGGUUAAGUUUAGAAUUUGGUUUUCACUUAAUUUCCAAGUCAGUUUAUCUAUGCAAACUUAUGAUAUAUACAAGAAUGACCACAAAGCAGAGAAAUCUGUCAUUAACUACAAAUGUUGUGAACUUGGACCCCAAAUGGAAAUGUGGCAUCUGGUUGAUUAAAAUCAUUAUAAUCAAAUGAAUAGCAUCUGUAAGCUGCCUUGUGAAUCAUGCUGUGACUUCGUAUUGUAUAGAAUACUUUAUGGAUCUGUUUGUUUAUGUUAAACAAUUGGUUGAACCAUCUGCUGCCAGAUUUAGGUAGUCCCAUUAUUGAGUCCCGCUGCUGUCUGCGAACAUUUUUCACUAUUGCAGGAUCAUCCUGGAAAACAAUUUUAUUUUUCUUUCACGGGAUGUGAGCAUUGCUGGCAAGGCCAGCAUUUGUUGCCUAAUCCCGACUGCCCUGAACAGAGUGGCUUGCUAGGCAUUUUGAGAGGGCAGUUAAGAGUCAACCGCAUUGCUGUGGGUCUAGAGUCAUAUGUAGACCAAACCAGGUAAGUACAGCAGAUUUCUUUCUCUAAAUUAAUGAACCAGAUGGAUUUUCUUUAACAAAAAUUGAUUGUUUCAUAGCAACCACGAAUGUGACUAGCUUUCAUUUCCAGAUUUAUUAAUUGAAUUUAAAUUCCACGAUCUGCCAUGCUGAUUAACUUAUUGAUUUUUACUCUUAUCCUGAGAUUGUUGGCCUGGACAUUUGGAUUACUGGUCCAGUGACAAUACCACCACACUGUCAUCUCCAGGAAUGUCAGAUCAGCCAUGAUCCUACUGAAUGACAGAGCAGGCUCAAGGGGCAAAAUGGCUUACUCCUGUUCCUAUUUAUUAUUGUCUUAUGAACUACUCUCACCUGGUUCUAUUCUUAUCUAUAUAACAGUACCAAGAAUAUCACUUGCAGAGGCUUCUCUUCUUUCUUGUGCUCUGUUGCCUGUGAUAUCUCUAAUGAUCAGUCUCUGGCUUCCUCUUAUUUUUCAUCAAUGUGCUGCUGAUACCAUCCAAAAGAACAACACCACUAGUUUCAUACAUACAUUGAUGAUUCUCAGUUCCACCUUGCUGCAACCUGUCUAGAUUCCUGCACUAUUGCUAAACUAUCAAACUGUAUAUCUGACACUUAACGCUGGAUGAGAAGAAAUUUCCUCUAAAUAUUGGGAAGAUUGAAGCCGUUAUUUUUGGUUCCCCACCAAACACCAUUCCAUAAUUACUGUCAUCCCCUUCUCUGGCAACAGUCUGAGAUUAAGACAAUCUGUAUCUAAUUUUAGUAUUACUUAAGAUUCCAAUUUCAUAUCACGCCAUUCCUGCCCUGUAACAUUAUAAAAUUUCAGCCCAAUCUCUGCUCACCAUUUAAAAUCCUUGUUCAUGCAUAUGUUGCUGUAGACUUAACCAUUCAAAUGUACUUCUGGCUGGUCACCUACAUUUCUACCCACUGUAUACUUGAGGAUUUCCAAAACACACCUUUUGUCUUCACUUGCCUCUGUGGUCACUGAUUCACGUUUCCUAUUGGUCAUGUCAUGUCAUGUCUUGAUUUUAAAAAUUCUCAUCCUUGUUUUCAGAUCCCUUGCUGGUCUUGCUGUCUGUAAUCUCUUCCAAGAAACUUUUUUGUUCCUGUGAUUCUGGCAUUUUGAGAAUCCUUGAUUUUAAUUGCUCCAUGUUCAGUUGUGUAGGCUCUGAGCUCUAGCAUAUACUUCCUGCAUCUAAUUUGCCUUCUUCCUUUAAGACAUUUCUUAAAAUCUACCUCUUGAGCUUUUGAUCACUUGACUUAAUAUCUCUUUGCAUGACUUGGUGUCAUAUAUUGCUUUAUAAUGUUUCUGUGAAGCAGCUUGAGGAAUUUUGUGAUAUUAAAGGUGCUAUAUAAAUUUAUGUUGCUGUAAAGUGUACUAUUUUGCCGUG